AGGACAACCAAAUCAAAUCUCAAAAAAACACGCAGGACAAGAAAAGUUCGUCCCCAAAAAUUAAUCCUGUUUACGGGUUUUUCUGGGAAAAAGCCCGCAGGAGACGCAAUUUUCUAGUGUAGUUAGCCAUGUUGUAUAUUUUGGUGAUUGAGAGACAUCAGUAAAUAGCAUUAGAUAGUGUCUAAAUAGUAUUUUAAGUAAGCUCAGUUGGAUUGUCCUUUGUGUUGUGUGUUUUGGAGCGCAUCGUCCCCCCUUUUCCGGAAUCAUCUUUCUUUUUUUUUUGUUGCCACAAGACUAUCCGGGAAUUUUAGAAAUAAAGAUAAAUUUCCCGAAAGAUACAGAGCAACAAUUCCGGGAAAGUAGCUGGUGAGCCGGUAGAAAAGUUCCCAAUCCCAAAGAAGAAGUUGUUAGCAGGAGGUGGAGAGAAUUCCGGGAUUGUGAGGUUGUUGGUGCCCAAAAAGCAAUGACGCAGGAUUUUAUUGUUUUCCCCAAGAUUGGUGAAUGCUCCUACGUAUCAUGCUAUUGCGAGGAAAAUGUGUGGAAGUUGUGCGAGCAAGUGAAGAAGAAUAAUCCCAGCGAAUUGCCCAAAUGCUACUCGGUCUUUGUCUCCAACACCGGACGGACUGUGCCAUUGUGGAGACAAAAGGCGGGACGUGGUGAUGACAAAGUUGUUAUAUGGGAUUACCAUGUCUUUUUUAUGCACUGCGUGGGACCCAACAGAUGUCUUGUAUACGACUUGGAUACCACUCUACCAUUCCCCACGUACUUCCACAAGUACGUCACUGAAACAUUCCGGUCAGAUUUGGCGCUAAGGCCAGAGCAUCACAGAGUUUUUCGGGUGAUCCCAGCUGAGGAAUAUUUGGCUGAAUUUGCAUCAGAUCGACGUCAUAUGCGUAGACCUGAUAAUACAUGGAUAAAACCGCCUCCACCUUAUCCACCUAUAGCAACGAAUGGCACAUCCCACAGUUUGGAUGAUUUUAUCUGUAUGACACCGGGUAAAGGUCCUGGCACCGUUCAUAGUCUUUCACAAUUUGUUCAUAUGUUCUACAAACCACCAAAUUUGCAACAAAAUUCGACGACUCAGCAAAAUCCGUAAGAUAUACAUAAUUAGGUCUAUAUAUAUGAUUUUUUUGAUAGCUAAAUGAAGAGAAAAAAAAUGAUAAACGCAGCACUUCCAAGUUGAAGACACAUUAAGGAAAAAUUGUGGCUUUUAUUUGUAAAGAAAAAGAAUAAAUAAUUAAAACAAAAAAAAGGUGAAAUUGAAAAGGUGAAUUAGACAAAGCAUAAAAUGAAGAAUAAACCAUUGAAGUUAGGAUAUUUAAAAAGAAAUGUUUGUAUGCAAUUUAAAUGUUUACAUUUUAAGUAUAAAAACAUUUUUAACUGUGGUUUCUCUCAAAAAAAAUCUCUUUCCUGUCCCACCUUUAUCUCCAAACUCUUGCUCCCCAGAUUUUAUCUCUUGUACUUUGAAAUCUUCUCAACAAAAUGCAUUAAUUUGUUGUUUGGAUAAAUAUUUUAUCGCAUCGGUUUCACAUCUUUUCCAGAAAGAAAAGUCAUUUUUUUUCCUCCAACAAGACUUAUCGUAUUUUACAAACUAUUAGCAUUUGUACUUGAAGAGAGAGAGAGAGAGAGCGUGUACGUGUGGGGAUAACAAAAAUGAAAAAAAUAAAAAAAAGAAAGCACAAGGAAUAUAUUAUCCAACAAAAUAUCUUCUAAAUCUUAAGAUUAAAAAAACAAUGUUACCAAGAAUUGCAAUCUUAAAUGACUUUUAAAUAUUUCUUCCAUUUAUAAUGAGCAAAAAUUGUUUUUUUCUGUCUUCUUUAUGGAAUUUUUGUAUGAUAAAAGAUUCAAUCAAAAGCAUGUUUAACAGUGUUUAUUACGAGGUUUUCUAUUUAUAAGAAAAUAAAAUCCACAGAAAGGAAUCAAAUGAUGCUUCAAAUUAUUCUAGUCAGAGCAUAAUUUUUUAAUUCAAUAAUAUAAUUCAAAGCUCACAGAACUCCAAAACGUGCGAUACAUUUCGUAGAUUUUAGCAUAUAGAAUCCCAUUUAGAGUCUAAUGAAAAUGAAUGGGAAUCUCUACGCUAAUUUCUUAUGAAUCCCCAAUAAUAUUUUGGUCACAAGGGGCUGUCAUUUCACUUGAAAUAAUGUACUUUGUAUAACCCUUUCUAUAACGUCUCUAUACAUCAUAUUUCUUGCAUUUGAGCCUUACAUUGAAUCAACUAGUGUGAUAAAUUUCAAUUUAUUGCAAUUUCAUUAUUUAGAAUCCUUUUCAGAACAUAAAGAAGAAUUUUUUAACCAAUAAACGUUCUUCUAGAAUUUAUCAACCAAUCAAAGAGAACUUUAAUUUCUUCUUCUUAUUUAUUAAACGUUCAACGAAAGAUUUCUGAUUUUUUUGAUUGGAUGAUGAACUAAACUUCACCAGAAUUGUCAAAAUGGUGGAGUCUUAAUGCAAGGUUGAUUAAAAUAAAGAAAAGAACAGAAUUUCAAGGAAAUACUCACCCCCCUUGUACUGAAGUAAAUUUUUCUACUUAAAUCGACUUAAUUUAACAAACUUUGUGUUCAUUCUUAAUUUUUGGCCUAUCGUUGCAUAAAACGACAUGCACAAAAAACUCAACAGAAAAAUUUAUUAAAAAUAACUUGUAAGAAGCUCUUAAAACACUUUAAUAUUUAACAUGAAAAAAAAAUAUAAUAAUCAUUGAAACCAUUUAAAAUGAAAAAAAAAAGUAUUGAAAUGAUAUUUAUAAAUUAACAUAAUGAAAAUUUAAUCUAUCGUCAAUUUAAUGCUAUUCUUCCUUAAUAUCAUUAUAAUGAGAAAAGAAAAGUGGAAUGAAAAAUUGCGGAAAUUGAGUGAAUUUACCUCCCAUGAGAGAGAAAGAGGACGUUUCUGAUAUAGAUGGGAAAUCCUUUAUUGAUUCUUGUGAGAAAGUCUAUCGUUGAAAACAAAACAAAAAAUCGUUAACUCUUCUAUAAUAUAUUUAUAUACACCUAAUAUAAAAAUAAUAAUAUAUGUAUUUGUUGAAAUAUGUACUUGAAUAGUGAGAAAUUGAUCAGAGAUUUUACCUUGAUAAACAUAAGAAUUUCUUCCUUCGACCUUUGACAAAAACUUCUCUAUAAUGCCAUAUAUAAGAAAAAUCAUCUAAAUGGGACCCAAAUGUUAUUCUUUCAUCCUUUCAUUCUUCACUUGUUUUUCACUCUUGUUGUUCACAAUUGUAAAACUAUAUUUAAAAAAUAUAUAUAAAAAAAAACAUUUUACUCUCACCUUGUGGUGAACUUUUCAUGGAGGAUGAUUGCAAUUUUCGCUACAGCAAUUUUUGGAUUGAAAGAAAAAUCCAAAAAACAAACUUUUUAGCAAAACUUUGAUAUUUAUAAUGAUGCUUUUUUCAAAGGAAUUCAAUUGAAAUCUAUCUUAUUUUACUCAAGAGGGCGACUUUUCCCAAGAUCUGUCUAUGCUACUAAACUCACAAAUUCUCUCAUCUUCUCAAAAAAAUAAAUAAAUAAAAUAAAAAGGAAUUUCCAAUGUAACUGAAUCAAAUUAUUAUGUAAAUUUUGAGAAUUUUUUUUUAAAUUAAUUGUUAAGGUGUGUGUGGCAAAUUUAAGCAUAAUAAGAAUGAAAAUAAAUAAGAAAACAUGUCGGAUUGUAACUGAAUUUCAACAUAGGAUUGCAUAUUCAUGCGACAAAAGUUGCAAAUGAGUCCGUUGUAUGUGAAUUUUUUUUUCAUUUAAAUAAUCCUGCGUUUAUUUGUUUUUUCCUUCAAUUUCCUUUCGCACGCUCGCCAUACGUGAGACAUUUGCAAUUUUAAAAGAAAACUAAAACAACAUUCGCGGGCACAGUGAAAAUGGAAGAAAAAAAAACAGAAUCGUAGAAUAUCCAAAAGACUCGAUGGCGCAAAGCUUCUGACCCUCCUACUUAACCUUUUAUUUUGUUUUCUCGUUAAUUCUCCUUUUAUAAUCCAUUCUGCUUUUAUGUACACACAUCGUAGUAUUUAAGGAGUUUAUAUUGAAACAUUGUAACGCAUUAUAUAUGUAGUAUGUCCUUUGUUGACUUUUAUUUUCGUGGAAUUGUGACAAAGCUUAAUAACCCCAAACAAUCUGCAUUUUUUUUUCAAAUACUAAAGCAUUCCUCAACAUUCCUUCACUUAGCGUGUUUAAAUACAUAAGCAAAAUUUCCAUAUCUUUAAUGAAAUAAAUAGAAACAAAACAAGUGAGAUUCUAAUGUAGGUAUAUGUAGCUAGUUAACUUGUUGAGUUAAAGAAAACUACUAAAGUGAAAGUUUUCUUAAGUUUUCUGUUUGAAAUUAAUUUUUUUUUCGACAUUAAGGCCUAAAUUUCGUAAAAAGGUUUUCUCUACUGGUACUCGGAACACUUUCCGUUAAAAAUUUAGUAAUUUUUUUUAGUUUUACUUUGAAUUAUUCGCAUUUAUAACAACAACCAAAAACAAACCUUUUAUAGCACAAACGUGUCUCGGCUAGAAGAUCUAAAAGAGCAAGAUUUUGUAAAAGAUCUUACAAUUUGUAUAUUCCAAAUGGAAAAAAAAGAAAAACUUUUGUACAAAAAUAAAACAUAUUGAGUUGAUUCUGUAUAAAUAUGUUCUUACCUAUUAAUAGUCAAAAUAUUAGAGUUUUUUUAUAGCUUAAAAUGUGUCUGAGCUAUGAAAGCUAAAUGUAUCAUUUUUCCAAGACAAAAAAAUUUCAAUCAGUACCUAUCUUGCUAGGAAAAAAGAAAGAUUUUGCAGAGAAUUUGAGUCUAAAAUUAUGUUCUUCUUUUAUAGUACAAAAGUAUGUCUUUUGCUAUAAGUUCUAAAUGUUCUAUCUCUAUUUUAGAACUGUCAUAUCUUGCAAUUUAUUUUAUACACAAAUACCGAAAAAUCCUUAAAUUAACGGAUUUAAAACAAAAAUAAAAUAAAAUAUUUUCUACAGAAUCAACUCUUAAAGAAAAAAUUUUUUUUUGGUAAAAUUUUAAAAAUUCCUUUUGAUUUGUUUAUAUUAGCCAACGCGGUUUGUUUGCGGUAGGCCCUUACAACAAAAUGAAAUCAUGCAGAAAGUCCCAACGAAAAUUAUUUAAUUUACUCAUUAAAUUUUAGGUCAUUCUGAAUCUACUGUGCAAAUUUUUUUUUAUGUUUCAAUUAAAAAUCGCUUUGAACAUAUUUUUUUUUUAAUUUAUUUUAUUAGUUUUUUUCCCUACAUCAGAAUCUCAAUAUAAAGCGAAAUCUACUCCAAAAACAAAAACAAUAUCCACCCGAAACACAAGUUAGAACACUCUCUAAAAAUAAAAAGUUUAGCAAAUGAAUGAUGAACGAUGUGCAGAAAAUUUGUCAUGGAAAAAACCCUAAUAAAUGAUGGCAUACAGUCAAAAAAAAGUAAUUAAAAAAUGGAAAAAAUACGAAUGUUAACAUUUUUACAUCUAGCUAAUGAAGAUUAAAAAAAAAACUUUAGUAAAACAAGUCAGAAAGAGUAAAUUAAAUGAAAAUAUUGAUACAACACAGAUUAAAUUUGCGUACGUUAAUUAAUAAGGAAUAUUUGUGAUGUUGAUGUUUAGAUGUAAAACUCUUUAUUUGAUGAGGUAUAUAAUUAUAUUUACGUUUAUUCCUGCGUACCAGUCCGUCAAGUAAAUAUCCAAAAUCUAAUGAUGGAUACAAAGUGUAAGGAAGGAUAGAAAAAAAAAGUUUUUAGAUAAAAAAUCGUUUUCUUUCAAAUUAUAUAAAAAAAAACUUCUUAUAUAAAUUCUUUCGUUUUUUUUCUUUAAAGUUUUCUUAAGAAUUUCUAAACUUGAGAUGAAAGAUUAAAAAAAAAUUGGGCAUUGAAAGAAAAGAAAAAAAAAAGCAAAUGACACAUCUUUAAAUAAUUGUAUAUUUAAAAAUAUUGUUGACUGAAAACUUUUACUGUAUUUUAAAUAAUGUGAUUUUAGAAUAUUUUUUACUUGAGGGGAUGAUACAACAACAAAAAAAUGUGAGACUUUUAGUGCACACUCCCAUGUGGGAGCAUAUACUAUAUGUGUGUAAAAUCUUUUAGUUAAAAAAUGUGACUUUUUAUUUCUUCUCGCAAGAACGAUUUAUAUACCAAAGGUAAAGUUAGUAAGAAAAAAAAAAUGAGAAUAAAAAAAACAUUUUACUGAUGACAAAGUCACAAUUCAUGUUUAAGAACAUACUUUUUCCAUAUAUUGUUGAUCUUGUACAACAGCAAAAGCUUGAGAUUUAAUUAAAGAGAAUGAUGGAGAAAAAAAA